AUGGUCUUCGUACCAUCAGAUGUAAUUUAUAUUAUCAUCACGAUCAUAAGAGACACCCCACCCCCGAAGAAAAAACGCAUCGUGUGUAGGAACGACGAGCGUGCUAAGCUAGCCCCAUACGCAACCGUCUCUCGCCAGUGGCAGGCGGUUGUGGAGCACAUAAUCUGGCAGCGACAGCUGCGUAUUAAUCGCGCUGGUGAUUGGCUUGCACGGCUGAAGGCGUUUACAUCUGGGACCCCGGACCGGCGCGCGAGAGUAGGUUAUAUUCGACGCCUUCUCUGGGAGCCCGAGAUUAAUCGGGACCAUCUUCACGAUAAGGCGGUCGCAGAUGGAGUGGACAAUGCAAAAAUGUUUUGUGAGCGGCAUGAUCGGCAAUGUCAAGCCUCCUUGCGAAAUCUAUUUGAGCUUCUCCAUACGUGGAAUGAUCGCCAAGCUAAUAUCGAAUUGUCGCUUUGGUUCUAUGAUGAAAUUUACGCUCGGGUGGGGGACGACGUUAUGAAUAUCACGCAAGAACAAUGGGAGUCUCUAGAUCACUACCAGCUGUGGAAAACAGGUAACGCCAUACAUCAGGUGUACCUGACUGCAGAGGAUAUUCAGAAGCUACCUCCUUUGCCACAAGUCACAAGUCUGAUAUUGCACGAUAUUAACUAUACCACUCUUCGACCGUUAUCAUUUUUCCACAUUCUUGGUCGCUUACCCCAUGUUGGGCAAAUUUUCGGCGGAGAGGGAGGAUCCCUUCAGCCUGAAGCACUACGGGGUUUGACUGAUCAGCGACAAGAGGUUGCCGAUCAUCUUCUAAUUCUUCCGGAAUCAGCGGAGACGUUCACCUUCGCGAUUACAGGCCACCGCGAACUCUCAUUAAACCCCGCUCGUGAUGCCGCUAACUAUCUGUCACCUCGAGGCUUAGACGAAUUCUCUAUCUCCUGUCGCUCUCUUAGUCUGAGACUCCGAGAACUACGCCUCGAAAACGUCAGAGUCAGCAAAGCGUUGUUUUGGCCCACGAUAGAAGAGAAGGUCGACCCGACGUGUCUUGCCUGGCCAAAAUUGGAGAUUCUGGAAGUUCUAGAGGUCCCGCCGUAUACACCCGACGGUAAAUGGAUACUCGACAACGAUCCUGAAGCAGAUUGGGAAGGAGAGCUGGAUGAUGAUGCGUAUUAUGGAUGGGAAUACGAUCUCGAUUGGUAUGCCAGGCGCGGCAUCCUCAAGAGCGACCCAGUCAACCAACUCUAUGAGUCCAUUGGUCUCGCGGCGCAGCGAAUGCCGCGAUUGCGGAGCUUGAAGCACUCAUUCCGAGGUGCAGUUGGCGAAAGUGGCAGCUAUGAGUGGUUGCGCUUCAAGAGAGAUCUCUCCACCGGCAUGGUUACGCUGCAGGUCGAAACAGAAUGGGGUUUGAAAUUGGAAGAGAAAGUCAUAUGUGCCUGGGGAUUGAAAGAUGAGAAAGCGAAGGAGUUUCGCGAGAAAUGGACUGUCUCGCUUGAAAGGUGGCCUUGA